CUGCCCUUGGAGACGAAGAAGAGACCUCGUUCUGUAUCGCCGAUACGCACUCGCCGGCGACGGUUGCUCCUUAUAACUAUGGAGGAAAACAACAGUUCAAUCCACGAAGAACAACAUAGGUUAAAGAAGGAAGCUCCUCAGCUGGCUGCGGUGUUGAAAGAGAUGAAGGCAGGGUUGGAUGUAGUAACUAGCAAAGUGCAAGCUUUAACUGCUAAGGUGAAAGCAAAUAACUUUCCAACAGUGGAUGGAAUAAGCUAUCUUGAGGCUAAGCACUUGCUGCUUCUAAACUAUUGCCAAUCACUUGUCUAUUAUUUGCUUCGCAAAGCGAAAGGCCUUUCAAUUGAUGGGCAUCCUGUUGUUCAGAGCCUUGUUGAGAUUAGAUUGUUCCUGGAAAAGAUUCGGCCUAUUGACAAGAAACUCCAGUACCAAAUUCAAAAGCUCACAAGGGUUUCUGAGGCUACAGCAGAGCAAGCAGGCCUGGAUGAAAAAGAAGCAGAUGCACCUCAGAGGGUGGAUGAUCUGUUGAAAUAUCGCCCUAAUCCUGACAUGCUCAUUGACAAAACAGGCACUGCUGCAGAGGAUGAUUCUGGUAUCUAUCGACCUCCUAAAUUUGCUCCUACUCUUGUGGAAGAGGAAAAGAUGUCUAGAAAGGAAAGAAAUGCUUUAAGAAAGGAAAAAGAGGCUUAUCGGCAAGCUUUACAGGGUUCUUAUGUGAGAGAAAUGAUGGAUGACAUGGAGGGGAGACCUGAAGAGAUUAGAGAAAUUAUUGGAGCUGAGAGCAGAGAACUCACUAGAUAUAUAUCAAAAAGGGAAGAACGUGAACGUCAAGAAGAGGAGCUUUUCACUCGUGCUCCUCUCACAAAGCAGGAGAAAAAGGAGGCAAAACACUUGAAGAAGUCAAGAAAUGGGUUGCUUAGUCUGACUGACAAUUUCUAUGAUGAAAUCAAGACUUUACCGUUGGGAGAUGUUGGCAAAGAUCAACCAGAGAGCUUUGGCAGUGGUAGCAGUGGAAUGGGGAAGCUUAAGAAACGCAAGAGGACACAUUGAUUGAUAACAAAAUCAGAUGCACACAACUUAUGGGAAUUUCAGCCUGGAAGAUGAUUUUGGCUUAAGGAAAAUUUUGAAGUUUGAUUUGUGUUUUAAGUUACACAUCUACUAUCUUAUUCUCCAUUUUUUCCUUUCUUUUCUUUCCUUUUUUUUUUUUUUUGCCUUUUUUGUCUGUAGAUUUUAGAUUAUACUGCAAUUACGGCUCUUGAUUUGCAUUGAUGAGCUCAGAAAUCAGAAUUACUUCUGGACUUGAAUCACAAAAAAUAGGGGGAAAAAAGGGGAAAAGGAGAUGAAUUUUCUCUGGCUGAAUGACAGGGAGCAUAUUUGUUUUUUCUUUUAUAAAUACUCAAUCAAUUC